AUUCUAUCAGAAGCAACCUCCUUCAUCGUGCAGACUUCAACUUUUGACUUUCGAGGUGAAGUUGCAGACCUUCGUCUCCAAGGUUGGAUAUAACACUAGGAAGCCAUCAAAAAGAGCAAGACUGAUUUGAUGUCGUUGAAAACAGAUGAUUCUCUAGUGUCAGAUCUUUCGGAGUCCUUACUUCAAUCUACUUCCGAGGUCACGGAGUCUUUACUAUGCAUCAAGAUUGAACGAGAGAGCUUCACUGCGAUUGCGUGCUACAUAUACCGAGCUGCUUUUGCCAUCAUGGAGUUGCAGGCGAGUCAACAGACUCCGCUGAACGCGCUAGAGAUUGUACAAUCCAUUUCGAAGAAGAUCGAUUUCGCCAAGGAUUUGGUUGGCAGGUGCCAAAGGGACACAAAUCCGAUCCAAGAUCAUGAGAUGAGAAGCGUCAUAGUUCAGUUAGAGAGCGUUAUAAAUCAUAUUGGGGAAGACUUGAGCAUGAUACCUGCUUCGACAUAUGGGGAUCAAGAUUUUGCGGCACUGGCAGUGAAGUCGCUGUCGCAGGAAAUGAAGAAAGCUCAAUUUGAAGUAGGCGAUCAAUCGGAAGUACAACAUCCUAUAGAGGUUGUAAAUAUGGAAAAGCAGAGCGAACAAGUACAGUCCGAAACAGAUUUAUAUUCUAUUGACACCGCAGCUUUUGUGGAUAAUUCGCGGUUCUCGAGCGUGUCGCAAUUUGUCGAGUUCCUUCAUAGCACGAGCACGAGCACGAGCGGCAGCCACAUGAAGCAGAGGAGUGCGAGUAGGGCAUCGAUAACAUCGAGCCAACUUGCUGAGAUUAUCGAGCCAAUGUAUGGGACCUUCUUCUGUCCACUGACAAAGAAGAUCAUGGAAGACCCAGUAACCAUAGAAAGCGGAGUGACCUACGAAAGAGAAGCAAUUGACGAGUGGCUUAAGAAGCACGAAAGCUCGGAACAAAUAGGUUGUCCGGUGACGGGAAAAAAGCUGGUUUCUCGAGUUCUAAGCACUAAUAUGGCCUUGAAGACCACAAUAGAAGAGUGGAAGGAGAGGAAUGAAGCGGCGAGAAUCAAAGUGGCACGCGCUGGGCUUUCUUUGGCCAGUUCACCAGCAAUGGUUAUCGAAGCUUUAAAAGAUGUCCAAAGCAUCUGCCGACAGAGAAGUUAUAACAGGAUUCAAGUUCGCAAUAUUGGAAUGAUCCCGUUGCUGGUCAAGUUCGUGGAGUACAAGGAUAGAAAUGCGAGAUGUAUGGCGUUGGACAUACUGAGACAAUUGGCAGAGGAAGAUGAAGAUAACAAGGAAAUGAUCGCCAGAGUAGUAGAUACGGAGGCCCUCAUCAAGUUGCUUUCCAGCAGUCACCAACCCACGAGACAAUCGACGUUGCAAUUUCUGCUGGAGCUUUCCAAAUCUCAGUCCCUAUGCGAGAGCAUCGGGUCUGUUACUGGUGCCAUUUUGAUCCUGAUCACGAACAAGUACAACUCGCUCGAUGCUUUCGCUUCUGAGAAAGCCAGCGAAAUCUUAAGGAAUCUGGAGAGCCAUCCGAGUAAUAUAAAGAACAUGGCCGAAAACGGUUACGUGGAACCGCUUCUGGAACAUCUAAUCCAAGGCAGUGAAGAAAUGAAACUGGAAAUGGCAAGCUAUCUCGAGGAAAUUUUUCUAGGCUAUGACAGCCAAAACUAUGUGGCGGAAAGAGCAGCUCCGUCACUCGUCUCAAUGGUGCAGAGCGGACAUGGAUUGAUCAGGAGGGCAGCUUUUAAGGCUCUAGCUAGGAUCUCUUCUUACCAUCCAAAUAGCAAAGCGCUUGUGGAGGCAGGAAUUUUGCAGAUCAUGAUCGAAGAAAUGUUCAGUCGCCAAAUUACUGAUGAAAUGAUGAACUCAAGGGUGGAAGCGGCCUCAAUAAUCACCAACAUAAUUGACUCGGGGCUCGAUUUGGAGAAACUCCAGGUGAACGCGCAUGGACACACGAUGGCUUCGGAUUACAUUAUCUAUAACAUUAUCUGCAUGAUGAAGAACUCUACGCCGGAUGAGCUCAACAUCAACCUUGUGAAGAUUCUCUUGUGUCUGACCAAGUCUCCAAAAUCAACAGCGACAAUUGUUUCUGUCGUCAAAGAGACUGAAGCGAGCUAUGUUCUGAUUGAACUCAUCAAUAACCCACAUGAAGAACUCGUGGUCGUUGCAAUCAAGCUUCUCAUAAUACUAUCAUCAUAUAUGGGCCAUACACUUGCAGAAAGACUGUGCAAAACUAGAGGUUUGCCCGAGAAUCUGAUCCGGAGCUCGAAUGAACUGAAUCAUGUGACAGAGAAGCAAUCAAUUUCAGCAAAAUUUCUUGCCAAGCUACCCCACAAGAACGUGACACUCAAUCUAGCCCUUUUGCACAAGGACUUGAUCCCCGAUGUUCUACAAAGAAUUAAUAGAAUGCAAGUAAGCGGAACAAGGACAAGUAGGUACGCGAUAGCAUACUUAGAAGGCCUAGUGGGCAUUCUAGUUAGGUUCACCACAACAUUAUAUGAACCUCAGCUAUUGUCUCUUGCAAGAAACUACAACUUCACCUCUGUAUUCGCAGACCUUCUCAUGAGAACAUCAAGUGACGAAGUGCAGAGGUUAUCGGCUAUCGGAUUAGAGAAUCUGUCGGCAGAAUCUGCGCAUCUAUCAAAAACACCUGAAAUCAAGAAAACCAAAAUAAGGAAGCUAUUUCACUUGCCAAAGUCUCUCUCCUUUAAUUUCUCAAUGAGGAAGAAGUUGUCAAUAUGUCCAGUUCACCGAGGGGCUUGUUCUUCGCAGAGUACAUUCUGCCUCAUCGAGGCAAAUGCAGUGGAGAGGCUCUUAACAUGCUUGGACCAUGAAAACGUUGAGGUGGUCGAAGCUGCGCUGUCUGCUCUGUGUACCUUGUUAGACGACAAAGUCGAUGUCGACAAGAGUGUGGACAUGUUAAGUAGUGCCAACACCAUACAACAUGUGCUGAAUGUGGUCAAGGAUCAUAGGCACGAAGGACUGAGGCAGAAGUCAUUUUGGGUCCUCGAGAAGUUCUUGAGCAAAGGAGGCGAUACUUCAGCUUCGUACAUCUCUCAAGAUAGGUUGUUGCCCUCGACAUUGGUCAGUGCCUUCCAUCACGGAGAUGUUACUACCAAGCAGAUGGCGGAGAGGAUCUUGAGGCAUUUGAAUAAGAUGCCAUAUUGCACUACUUCCCUUUGUACUGUGUAAUACAUAGUUUAUGAUAAGAUGGUUAUGUACUCAAAUCGAGCUUCACGGCCUUGAAAAUUUGUAACUAGCGGGCGUGGAAGCGACCUUUUCCCC